AUGUCAAUUCCAACUACCCAAUAUGGUUUUGUUUACAAUAAGUCGUCUGGCUUAACAUUGAACAAGAGUAUACCUGUUGCGUCGGCAGGUGUGGGUCAAUUGCUUAUGAAGGUUGACUCUGUUGGAUUGUGCCACUCGGACCUCCAUGUGAUUUACGAAGGUUUGGAUUGUGGUGAUAACUAUGUCAUGGGCCAUGAGAUUGCCGGUACCGUGGUUGAUGUUGGUCCAGAGGUUGAUAGAUGGAAUGUUGGUGAUAGAGUUGCCGCUGUGGGUCCAAAUGGUUGUGGUGGUUGCAGAGCCUGUCGCGACGGAAUUGAAAAUGUAUGUAAACACUCUUUUGGUAAUUGGUAUGGCUUGGGCUCAGAUGGCGGAUACCAACAAUAUUUGCUUGUGCAAAAACCACGCAAUUUGGUUAAGAUUCCUGACAAUGUUCCUUCGGAUGUAGCUGCAGCCUCGACUGACGCUGUAUUGACACCAUACCACGCAAUCAAGAUGGCUGGUGUGGGGCCAACAUCAAAGGUGCUCAUUGUUGGCGCGGGUGGCUUGGGCUGCAAUGCCGUGCAAGUUGCCAAGGCAUUUGGUGCUCAUGUCACUAUUUUGGACAAGAAGGAACGCGCGCGCGCUGAAGCUGUCAAGUUUGGUGCCGACGUUGCCUAUGAGAGUUUACCACUGGGCACCGAGCCAGGCUCAUUUGAUGCUUGUUUGGAUUUUGUUUCUGUGCAAGCAACUUUUGACAUUUGCCAAAAGUUUUGUGCACCAAAAGGUUGCAUCAUCCCCGCGGGGCUCGGUGCACCAAAGUUGACGCUUGAUUUGGCAGAUUUGGAUUUGCGCGAGAUUCGUAUUUUGGGUACUUUUUGGGGAACCGCGACCGAUUUGGAGGAGGUGUUUGACUUGGUUGGAAAGGGACUUGUUAAGCCCAUGGUUCGUGCAGCCAAGUUGGAGGAAUUGCCAGACUAUAUUGAAAAGUUGAGAAAGAAUGAAUAUGAAGGUAGAAUUGUCUUUAAUCCAUAA